AUGUUGAGAAGACUAUCUUCAUUGCCAUUGGCAGCAAUAAACACGGUUGCUACCUCUGGUUCACAAGUGAGAUAUGCCUCUGCAACACUAUUAGCAAACAGUCCAUUAUACAGGAGGAUCAACAACAACAACAACAGCAGUAGAUAUGGUGAUUCAACAACACCUAGCAACAACAACAAUAAGGAUCAACAAGUUGAAGAGCCAAAUGCAAGCAGUACUGGACAACAGAAGGAGACUGUCUCAUCGUCCCAACGACCUCAGACAUCAUCAGCUACACCUCACUUUGUACAGGUGGAUGAUAGAAGCGGAGGUACCAAAUGGGUACCAGUGCCAAGAGAGAUUGUCAUCUACCCUGUGUUUGAGACACAGAUAUACCCUGGCUCACUAUCAGCACUGCUUCCAUUCGAUUUGGACGAAUACAAGCGAAUGGGACAACCUAAGGAGAUUGGUCUGUUCUUUGUUAAUCAAACAGAGAUGGAGACGCUGGGCAAAGACACCAAGCAGUUCAAGCUCACCUCAAUGUCACAGCUUAACCCUAUUGGAGUGCUCGUCUCCGUUGAGUCAUCCGCUCAGAAGCCAUACCUCAUUGGUGCUGCUAGGAUAAGACUAGAUGAAUUGCUAUCACCUGUCAUUGCAACUCCCACAGACAUCCCUACAUCAUCAGACACAACAUCAAUAGAGAAUACGACGACGACAACUGAUUCAACAACCACAACUACUACAGAGACAACAACAAAAACAACAACAACAACAACAGAGACAACUACAUCAGCAUUCCCCACUGAUCCAGUGACACAAUCCAUACCUCAACCAAUUGUUACGAUUCCCAACAAUGGUGAGAAUGCAGUACCAAUAAUCGACAAUCAACCACCACCUGUUCCAGACGCAGUCAUACUCUCACCUCAGCCCAUACCCUACGAGCUGCCACGAGCAUCAAUUACCUAUCUGCCCGACGUCAUGGAUCCCCAGUCAGACCCGGUCAAAGUGCGUGCGCUCACACUCCAGUUGGUCAAGAAGGUGAAACAACUCUCAUCAAUGUAUCCCGACUCGCAGUUCUCUUCGCAGUUCCAGAUGCUCUUUGGUGUGUCUCGUUUCCGCUUUAUGGAGGAGCCAGGCAAGUUGGCCGACUUUAUCGCAUCCAUCUGCUCAGAGUCUGCCACGCCAGUGGAGAGCCAAGAGAUCAUUGGCUCAAUUGACAUUGAGAAACGUCUGGAGCGUGUACUCUCCCUUGUGGUCAAGCAACUACAACUGAACGAGUUCAAUGCACUCAUGGAGAAGCACAUCGAGGACAAGGCAGUGAAGCAACAGAAGAAGUUCUUUUUGAGCGAGCAGAUGAAGCUGGUGCGACGAGAGUUGGAGUUGGACCAGGACGAGAAGGAGACGCUCAAGAAGAAGUUCAAGGCCAGGUGGUCACAGCUCAAGGUGCCAGAGGAGACCAACAAGGUGUUCAACGAUGAGAUGGAGCGUUUGGCAAGCAUCGAGCCAACGUCAGCAGAGUACAACGUCACGAGGAACUAUCUCGAGUGGAUCACGUCAUUGCCAUGGAACAUUACCUCGAUCGAUAACUUUGACAUCCCAACGAUAAAGACUGUUCUUGACAACGAUCACUACGGUCUGGAUGAUAUCAAGGAGAUGAUACAGAGCUUCAUUGCCGUUGGUAAACUUCGUGGAUCAGUUGGUGGCAAGAUCAUUCUACUUGUUGGACCACCAGGCACUGGAAAGACUUCGAUUGGCAAAUCAAUCGCGACAGCCCUCGGUAGACAAUUUUAUCGAUUCUCGGUGGGUGGCAUUAGUGACGUGGCUGAGAUCAAAGGACAUCGAAGAACAUUUGUUGGUGCCAUGCCUGGAAAGAUCAUACAGGCACUCAAACUAACAAAGACUUCAAACCCUGUAAUAUUGAUUGAUGAGAUUGACAAGGUAGCAAGAGGAUUCAAUGAGGAUCCAUACUCAAGUUUGUUGGAGGUGUUUGAUCCUCAACAGAACAAGAACUACCUGGAUCAUUAUCUGGACAUACCAUACGAUCUAUCCAAGGUGUUGUUCAUCUGUACUGCCAACCUAACACACACGAUACCAGCGCCACUACUCGACAGAAUGGAGGUGAUGAAGCUCAAUGGUUACAUCCAAACAGAACAGAUCAAGAUCACCGAGAAGUAUUUGAUACCAUCAAUCCGUGCUGAGACUGGUAUUGGUGAGGACCGAGUCAAUAUAUCAACAGAGGCAGUGCAGCACCUGUGUGAAUACUGGUGCAGGGAGUCUGGUGUGAGGAAUCUCAAGAAGACAAUCGAGAAGAUAUUCAGGAAGGUGGCCUACAAGAUGGUCACUGAGGAGCCAUCUGUGAUCAAUAUCACUCCAAGCAAUUUGGAUGAGUAUGCGGGUCUGCCAAAGUACAGGAUCAAGAAGUACUAUCAGACACCUCAACCUGGCAUUGCAUUGGGUCUUGGCUGGACAGAGAAUGGAGGCAUGCCGCUCUAUGUGGAGAGUGUUGUGGACAGGUUCCAACAGGCACCAGGUCUAAAGACUACUGGCUCAUUGGGUGAGGUCAUGAAGGAGAGUAUAGAUAUAGCCUUCACCUACGUCAAGCAAUACCUGGCUCAGGUGGACCCAUCAAGCAAAUUCUUUGAGAAUAAUGCCGUACACAUUCAUUCACCAGAGGGAGCCACUCCAAAGGAUGGACCAUCGGCUGGUGUCACCAUGACCACAUCGUUGCUGUCUUUGGCACUGAACAAGCCAAUACAACCUGGUGUGGCAAUGACUGGUGAGAUCACACUGACUGGUAAGGUGAUUGCCAUUGGAGGUAUCACAGAGAAGAUGAUUGCAGCCAAGCGUGAGGGUGUCAAAAAGAUCAUCCUGCCAAAGGACAACAAGAAGGAGCUAGAGGACAUACCUGACUAUGUGAAGGAAGGUUUCACCGUCUAUCUGGUCGACUACUACAAUGACGUCUUUGACAUUGCCUUUAACGAAACGCCAAGUGUUCAGCCACUCCUAGUUGUCUCCAGACAUAAGAAGGACUUUAACAAGGUAUAUCCACCAAAACCAACAGAGCCUGCACAGCCAACUUUGUAG